GGGGAGGAUCGUAUAUAAGUGCCGUAGCCGCCUUGAACGUUCUUUUUCGCAACGGGUUUGCCGCCAGAACACAGGUGUCGUGAAAACCACCGCUAAACCUAAACCAAAAUGGGAAAGGAGAAGACUCAUAUCAACAUCGUCGUCAUUGGACACGUAGAUUCGGGCAAGUCUACCACUACUGGUCAUCUGAUCUACAAAUGUGGUGGGAUCGACAAAAGAACUAUCGAAAAAUUUGAGAAGGAGGCUGCUGAGAUGGGAAAGGGCUCCUUCAAGUAUGCCUGGGUCUUGGAUAAACUGAAAGCCGAACGUGAACGUGGUAUCACCAUUGAUAUCUCCCUGUGGAAAUUCGAGACCAGCAAGUACUAUGUGACCAUCAUUGAUGCCCCAGGACACAGAGACUUUAUCAAAAAUAUGAUUACGGGCACAUCUCAGGCUGACUGUGCUGUCCUGAUCGUUGCUGCUGGUGUUGGCGAAUUUGAAGCAGGUAUCUCCAAGAAUGGGCAGACCCGUGAGCAUGCCCUUCUGGCUUACACACUGGGUGUAAAACAACUUAUUGUUGGUGUUAACAAAAUGGAUUCCACUGAGCCACCCUACAGCCAGAAGAGAUACGAGGAAAUCGUUAAGGAAGUCAGCACCUACAUUAAGAAAAUUGGCUACAACCCCGACACCGUAGCAUUUGUGCCAAUUUCUGGUUGGAAUGGUGACAACAUGCUGGAGCCAAGUGCUAAUAUGCCUUGGUUCAAGGGAUGGAAAGUCACCCGUAAAGAUGGCAAUGCCAGUGGAACCACACUGCUUGAAGCUCUGGAUUGCAUUCUGCCACCUACUCGUCCAACUGACAAGCCCUUGCGUCUGCCCCUCCAGGAUGUCUACAAAAUUGGUGGUAUUGGUACUGUCCCUGUGGGUCGAGUGGAGACCGGUGUUCUUAAGCCAGGCAUGGUGGUCACUUUUGCUCCAGUCAAUGUUACAACUGAAGUAAAGUCUGUUGAAAUGCACCAUGAAGCUUUGAGUGAGGCUUUACCUGGGGACAACGUGGGCUUCAAUGUCAAGAACGUAUCUGUCAAAGAUGUUCGUCGUGGCAAUGUGGCUGGUGAUAGCAAAAAUGACCCACCAAUGGAAGCAGCUGGCUUCACAGCUCAGGUGAUCAUCCUGAACCAUCCAGGCCAAAUCAGUGCCGGAUAUGCACCUGUGCUGGACUGUCACACAGCUCACAUCGCCUGCAAGUUUGCUGAGCUGAAGGAGAAGAUUGAUCGUCGUUCUGGAAAAAAGCUGGAAGAUGGUCCCAAGUUCUUAAAAUCUGGUGAUGCUGCCAUCGUUGAUAUGGUUCCUGGCAAGCCCAUGUGUGUUGAGAGCUUCUCUGACUAUCCUCCUCUGGGCCGUUUUGCUGUUCGUGACAUGAGACAGACGGUUGCUGUGGGUGUCAUCAAAGCAGUGGACAAGAAGGCAGCUGGAGCUGGCAAGGUCACCAAGUCUGCCCAGAAAGCUCAGAAGGCUAAAUGAAUAUUAUCCCCAAUACCUGCCACCCCAGUCUUAAUCAGUGGUGGAAGAACGGUCUCAGAACUGUUUGUGUCAAUUGGCCAUUUAAGUUUAAUAGUAAAAGACUGGUUAAUGAUAACAAUGCAUCGUAAAACCUUCAGAAGGAAAGGAGAAUGUUUUGUGGACCAUUUGUUGUUUUUGUGUGUGGCAGUUUUAAGUUAUUAGUUUUUAAAAUCAGUACUUUUUAAUGGAAACAACUUUGACCAAAAAUCUGUCACAGAAUUUUGAGACCCAUUAAAACAAAAGUUUAAUGAGAAA